GCUGAGCUUCAACCGGCUAGUAAACACACGGAAGACUCAGUACAUUGUGAAUUCAGUCAGACAUACUAAUAUUUUGUCUUUCAGCAUUUCAGGAAACAUGACGAUCUUUGUAGAUUGACGGAUAUAUUCACUUUCGAAGUCUCCGGUUCUCUGAAUCAUCUCAGAGAAAAGAGAGUCAAUAAUUAUUACUUUUUGCUGGACACGUGGUUAAACUACAGCAUGGUCAAGAGGAGCUCUCUUCAGAAAACAACGCCAAGUGAAGGUGUAACUUCAGCAAUGGCUGCAGACAGUGGAGAUGAAGAAGAGCUUUACACUGAUCCUGAACAAGCCAUCAGUGCCAGCGAAGAUGAGGAGGGCAGUGAUGAUGAGAGGAAACACAACAAGCUUCUUGAGGCCAUCAGUUCUAUGGGUGGAAGAAAGAGGAAAAAGCAGAGUGAGCGCUCUGAAGCCAGUGUGCAGGUCUCUGAGUUCUUUGUCAACGCAGAAGGUGCAGGAGACAAAAUCAACCUUUCGGACCUGCUGGGGGUUGUGGAGAAAACCGCAGGAGCUUCCAACAAGACCAAGAAACAGCUGAGGAACCUGCAGAGCACUAAAGAGACUCUGGAGCUGCCGCUCAACAAGCAGCAAAAAGAGAAGAUUCAGAGAGGCAUAGCCUAUGUUAAGACCGCUGAGGAGGUGUCUAACUGGCAGAACAUCAUCGUCCAAAACCAGAGGGCUGAACAAAUGGUGUUUCCUCUGAAACAGGAGCCAUCGGGUCCUAAACGGGUGGAGCAGGUCGUGGCUGGAUGGAAGGUUAAAACUCCUCUUGAACAAGAGAUUUUCCAACUCCUGCACAGCAACAGCCAGCCAGUCCUCGAUCCAGUCCUGACGCCUGUAGAGGAGGCUUCACUGAAAGCCAUGAGCUUGGAGGAGGCUAAGAUUCGUCGUGCUGAGCUUCAAAAGGCAAGAGCGCUCCAGUCAUACUACGAGGCUAAAGCCAAAAGAGAAAAGAAAAUCAAGAGUAAACAGUACCACAGGGUUCAAAAGAAAGCCAAGCGUAAGGAGUUUCUCAAGCAGUUUGACGAAAUGGUGAAAAGCAAUCCUCAAGAAGCUCUGGAGGAGCUCAAAAAGAUGGAGAUGUCCAGGAUGCAGGAGAGGAUGUCUCUGAAGCAUCAGAACAGCGGGAAGUGGGCCAAAUCAAAGGCCAUCAUGGCCAAAUAUGACGACUCAGCACGUAAAGCGAUGCAGGAGCAACUGCAGAUGAAUAAGGAUCUCACCCAGAAAAUAGUGGUGCUUUCUGACGACGAGCAGGCAGACGAAGAUCUGGAGGCUGUUCCAGAUUUCGUGAACGAUCCCGAGCCGAUCAUCGACCCUGUGAAUCCCUGGAUGAGAGGUCAGCUUACGCAAGAAGAGCCCGAGGUCAGCUGUGUCACAACUGAUGAGCUUCAGGCGGCAGAAGAAGAGAAAGAGGAUGAGGAAGAGGAGCUUUUAGGAGAGUUUGAGAGGAAGAGGAAGAUGAGACAGGCUGAUGAAGCUGAGGAUUUGAUCCCUACAGAGGAAAAAAAACAUGUAAGCGAGGUAGCUGGAGAAGACGUGGUGGAGAUUUCUGAUAAUGAUGAUGAAGAGGAGGAAGAUGAUGAUGAUGAUGAAGAGGAAGAAAAAGAAGAAGAAGAAGAAGAGGAGGAGGAGGAUGUGUCCAAGUUUAACAGCCUUUUUAACCUAAUGAGGAGUGAGAAGACUCAAAAAGGGCAGGAAGAUGGAGAGGAGCUUUUAGAUGAAGGGCAGGUUCGAGUCAGGAAUAUGGAAGACCUGGAGGAUUUGGGGGAAGGUUUUGAGCCGCAGCCCAGCACGACUCCAUCAGUGACACAAACAGCCAUCGCAGACAAAACAUCCGAGCCACAGAAUAAGAAGGGAAUCAGCCUGAGUGAAGUGCUAACCAAAGAAGCCAAAGUCAUCAAAGUUCCCUUCCUGCCAACAGUGGUUGAACACGAGGAAACGGAGCACGAUGAGCAGCUUUCCAUCAUCAAGGAGGCUUUUGCUGGCGAUGAUGUCAUUUCUGACUUCAUGAAAGACAAAAAGAAACAGGAAGAGGCAGGAAGGCCUAAAGUGGUGGACCUGACACUGCCAGGCUGGGGAGAGUGGGGGGGCAUCGGACUCAAACCCUCCCGCCGGAAACGCAAAAGAUUUACCAAGAAAAUGGAUCCGCCGCCUCCAAGGCAAGACCGAAAGCUGCCUGACGUCAUCAUAUCAGAGAAGAGAAACACAUCAAUCGCUGCCCAUCAGGUCAGUCACCUCCCAUUCCCCUAUGAAAACCCUGCACAGUUUGAGUCCACCAUCCGUACUCCUGUUGGCCAGACGUGGAACACACAAAGUGUCGUAAAGAAGAUGACCACACCCAAAGUCGUCACCAAAAUGGGUGCAAUAAUUGAACCCAUGGCCAAAGAGGACUUAAUAAAGGGGAAGAGCAGCACAGCAGCAGGUAAAGCACCAGCUCUCACGUUGGGGCAAAGAGACAAAAGGGCCAAAGUGGGUGAAAAACGCUCAUCACAAAAAAAGCCAGGAAAAAGAGCACCCAAGAAGAAGAGAAAGCAAUAGAUUUGUGUCUUUAGUUACUGGAUUCAUUCAUGAUGUAAAAUGUUUCAGGAAGACGCCUCUAAUAAAUUACAAAAUAAA